CAUCUGGUCACACUUGCAUUAAAGAAUUAUUUUUUUCGGUUUUGUCAAUAGCGGAGAGCUUUAACUAAAUAUGUCCGAUCCAGGAGCCGCUGGAUACAACAUAACCAAGGAUCCGGCGCUUGCCAAGAGUCGUAUCUUCUUGGGCAACCUACCGGUUUGCACGCGCGAGGAGCUGGUGAGCAUUUGCCAGCCGUAUGGCAAGGUCCUUGGUUCGAUGGUCCAGAAAAACUACGGAUUCGUUCAGUUUGAAACGGAAGAGCUGGCCAAUAAAGCCGCCUCCGCCCUGCACAAGUCCACGUUCAAACAAAACGUCCUCACCGUACGCAAUGCCAGCGUUAAAUCAAAGGCGGCCAAUGCGAACGCCAAAAGGAAUCCAAAUCAAGGAGCCCAGGUCACGGUUCAGGGCGGCAUUGUGAUGUCAGCGGCGUCCGUGGCUGCUGGUCAGCCCCUCAUCAACGAUUGCGAGAUUAUAGUCAAGAAUCGCGAGAAUACCAAAUACGCAGAAUACAUUGAAGAGCGGCUAAAGAAUUCCAGCCUGCGAGUGGAUGUCCUCUUUCCCAACGAGGACGUCUUGCUGGGCAAGGUCCUGGCCAACAUAUCUUCGCGCGGCUGCCUGUAUGCGGUCUUAGUCACGCCCCAACACGAGGAACAUAACAGCAUCACAGUAAACAUCCUUUAUGGAGUACCCGCGGAGCAUCGUAACAUGCCACUGGAGGACGCCAUCACCCUGAUUGCCACCGAUUUCAGGCUUAAAAAGCAGCGCGACGCUGUCGUCUUACCGCCUACACCAUCCAUACACAAGGGACAGCGACGACAUCCCGUGCAAAUGCAGGAGCUGCUGGAAAGGCUGGCAGACAAUCAUCCAUUGACCGCGGCGCAGUACGAGGUGAUUUUAAAGUACCUCGAAGGCGAACGCGAGGAGCAACUGAAGCGAGAGGUUGGCGAGGCCAAUGCUCUGGCUAGACUAAAAGCACCCGAUCCAGAGAUCGAGUUGCAGAAAAAGAUUCUCAGCAUUAUGAAUAAGCCUGCAGUGACCGAGAUCGCCAACGAGCUUAUGUAUCCCACUUUCGAGGCAGUAAAGGAGGACAAGAGGCUAAUGGAGCUACUUGCUGAUGAUCGAGUGAUGGCGGCCCUGGAAAGCGUUUACAACUCGGAUCUCAGGCAGACUUUAGCCGAGUUUUUAUAAACGCUCCAUACGUAGUAGAAUUAAGUAAUUUAAUACGCAGUUUUACGAAUUCCUGGCAUUUAGUAAAAGUAAUACCUAAUAUUACGUA